GUCAGCAAAUUACAUACACAAAUAUUAAUCCAUUGGGUAUUUACAUAUUCCUUGUAUGACUUGUAAACUUGAACAGGUGGUGCAUGACAAGUGUCCCGCCUCCACUAAGCUAGGAUGCAAAUAGUGCCUCAACAGGUAUCAGUUUACACUUCCUUUGAGUAAAGAGGAGCAGUCAUCAGAUCAGCAGCACAGCAGCUCUUAUAAUGAAAACCAGACAGCAUGCUACCAUCAACUGAGACGCAUUGAAACUAAUAUUCAAUAGGAUCAGUCAACCAAUCAUCGCCUCCAUCUCCGCUGCAACUAUGCCCAUUGCAGAGCUUUUGGGAGUCCAGUUCGACAUGCAGCUGGGGCUGAAGCUGAGUAUCUCUGUGGCUGCAGUGGUGCUGGUUUCAUGGGUCUACAGGUUCUACAGCUCCAGGGGCAAAGAGAGUCGGCCUGUCGAAGACAACAAAGACACUCAAAAUGCAACCUGCCAAAACUGCAAGACAGCACUACGGUGUCAAAACUCACCACAGCAUGACGCAGGAGAUGGGAGCCAUCGACCUGUGUCAUCACACGCAGACUCGACCGCUGAGGACCUGCCUUCUCACAGGACUGAAGAAACAAUAACAGAGACCCAUCCACAUCAAGCUGAUAAGAGUGAAGAUGCAUUGAGAAUGACAUAUAACGAUCAAGAUGUCAGCACAGAAGUAGAGACGCUCACUCAUCAGAAUCAGGCAGAGGUUGCUACCAGUAAUGUUUCAGUUGGAUCUGCUUUGAACCUUCCUGAUCCAACAGAGACUGGGAUGAUCAGUACAACGGGGCGCCGCUCCCCUUGCUUUUUGCAGAGGCUGGAGGGCAUCGUGGGUGUGGGCAGGGAGUUAAGGCAGGACUUGGAGCACCAGGGUGCCUACUCCAGCUUCCUCUCAAAGGCAGAGAUCAAAGUGGAAGAUGCCAACGUAGUGCUGGAAGGAACAGGAGACGAGAUUGUGCGUGGAAAGAUAUAUGAUUACUAUGUUGAAUCUUCCUCUCGUUCUGUCUCUGAUUCACACACAGUGCUUGGUCAGUAUGAGAGGAAUUCUGAGCCGCAGCCAGUGGAGUUUGGGAGCCGUGUCAGCAGCCCGACGGACUCGUCUUCCUCUUUGAGCCCCAUCAUUAUGCGUGAUCUGGUUUUAUCACAAAGCACUGAUGAGGAUGUCUCCUCACUAGGAAGCGGCAAGCUGAGGCACCCUGCAAGGCAAGUACUCCUACGCAAGGAGAGCUAUCUGUCUGCAGCAGAGCAGUGUGCGCUCCCCAUCCCAUUUAUAACUUCAACAGCCUCAGCUCCAAUAAUUCAAUCUCUGGCCUCAGCGAGCAAUGAGCCACUCUCUGUUCACCCUCUGAUCAGUCUCUCUACAGACAGCAGAGGCCCUGAUGUGAGCAACGGGGUUGAUCUAGAGACUGUAGCAGGUGCUCCAUUUUUACACCUUCCAGUAAAAACUCUUGAUGGCACCAAUUUGGAAAGCUUGACGAGCAAGCUUGAUCUUGGUAACUGCUUGGAGACACUGUACCUGGCCAAAAAACAUGGCCAGACCUCUGUGCAGCAAGCAGCCCUGCAGGUCAUGUCAGACAACUACCUCCAGGUGCUCAGGGACCCCAACAUCUACGGGCGACUAAUGGCUGGUGAGCGGGAACAAAUCCAGAGACAAAGAACAGCAGGGAGAAAAUUCGUCAUGGUGGCAGAUAUGGACCCUCAAGACUGGACCAGGGACAUAGGAGGGCAGGCGGCAGAGACAGAGCAGAAAAGGACGUCUAGUGCCGUGUACUAUUAUGAUGACUACAAAGACUCCUGGCAAACACUCUGCCUUAUCCCACAGGAGGUCAUCUCUAAAGCCUGUGCCAUGUGCACAAUGGAUAACUAUUUAUUUGUGGCUGUGGGCUGCCAAUGUACAGACAGAGAAAUUACACCCUCAAAGCGUGUGUUUUGCUACAAUCCUUUGACAUCCAUUUGGAAGGAGAUCAGUCCUAUGAAUGAGGCCAGACCGCGCUGCAAACUGGCAACACUGGAGGGCUACAUCUACGCCAUCGGAGGGGAGUGUCUUUCGUCAGUCGAGCGCUAUGACCCACGACUGGACAGAUGGACGUUUGUGGCUCCGCUGCCCAAUGAUACAUUUGCUGUGGCGCAUCACGUCACGGUGUGCAAUGGAGAGCUUUUCGUUUCUGGGGGAACUCUAAGAUAUAUGCUGCUACGCUACAGCCCCAAAACCAACGCCUGGAGGCCAAGUCUGUUAGUAGGUAACAAAGACAGAACAGCAGAUAUGGUUGCUGUGGGGCGAUGUCUGUAUCGGUUUGAUGUUAACCCACUGCUGGGUGUUAGUGUGUAUCGCUAUCAUACGGUGGCUCGAGUUUGGUACGAGUGCAGUUCCAAACGGCUCCUGCGCUGCCCUGUCUUUCGGUGUGUCACGAUGGAUGGCACAAUUUAUUGUAUCAACCGCCAGUACACCAUGAAGUUCGAGGCUGAUGAGAUCUCUCCUGCCUUUACACAUGUGGAUUUGAGUGUCCUCUCUGCAGUGAAGGGCAUACUCAUUCCCUUUGUCCUUACACUCCCUGAUAAGGAGCCUCGCCAGACCAGUGUGUAACAAGAAUUCAGUUUUCCACUGAUGAUAAGAUGAGGUGAUGAUGGAGUAUAUAAAAGAAUCAUGCAUUACAUCAAGUUUCUGGGUUGUAAAAUUACCACUAUGCUCUCAUUUCUUUGAUUUGUUGUUUAGUUAACAUUUUACAAGGCAUCUAUAUUUGAAUAGAUUAUGUUGGUCUAGCAACAAGAAAAGUGUGUUUGUUAUAUCUAGCCCAGUGACACUACAUGAAAAGUAUGAGACACUUAUGGUAGUCAAACUGAUGUUUGUUUAAAUUUACGCAGGGUGUGCUGCCAUGUAAAUUGUUUGCUUCUUUGAUUUGCCACUUUUUUUUCCGCCAUGAACUUUAGUUUGAUAUCAUUCCAGAUGCUUGGCGUCGCUCUCUGCUGUAGAGAUAAUGCAUGAAUAUGGUACAUCUCAGAGUAAAUGAGUUCAUUCUACUCUAACACAUUACAGAGAUUGGGCAAUGUAGGCGUAAUCUAUCACUGUGCGAUGUUUGUCUAACUUACACAUUGGCCUGCACACAGUGCAAUUAUCUCCAGUUGCUCUUUAAACAUGACAUGAUGUAAAUUGCUGUGUUAUACCAUAUUAAUAUGUUAGACUCCACAACAACUUCUAAAAUUCUGCUAACACUUUAAAUCACCCUCCUUUGGUUGGCAGGAAAAAGUGUGUUUGUUUAACCUUGACUGUGCAGAUUCUUUGUUCACUGUAUCUUGUUUUGUAUAAACAAGAACUAUAUGAAUUUGUUUUUCCUUACAUUUGUAUCUAAAAUUAGUAAGUAUUGGGAUUAAGCCAAAUGUAGAUAUAUAUGUGGUUUUUUUUUUUUUUACUUUGAAUGUGUUUAUAUUAUCUAUGAAAAAGGCAUUAGACUGUUCAGUUCAGGACAUGAGCGACACCCUGACAGGUUUGCAGAGAGGGACGUGCUGCUAUAGCACCACCAUGUGGCUUAAUAGGCAAACACGACUAAGCGAUGGGUGAGACGUUGAGCUCUUCUCUCGGCACAGAGGUGUCGUGUGACACGCAGGCAUCAGCAGCACAGUACAGUGACCUGUUAACAGUGGGUGAAGUAGAGGGUAUCAGUUGCACUGGAGGACAGCAUGCAGGCGGGGAAAUGGGAGGCAGACGCAGAUGGCUGACCAUCAAACAUAAGCACUUUUUAUUUUUCCUAAUUAAACACUUUGAUUCCCUGUAAUUAAACACCUAAUGAGAUGGGAGUUAGACAUGUCCCUUCAGACACCACCAUCAAUGACUCGUGCGUUCUGGUACUUAGGUCAGCCCGAGCAUCAACACAACUCAAUUUAUUUAUUAUUUCUUCUGUUCGUCUGCUCUUUCCUUUUUCUCUAUAGCGGUGUAGAAAAUGUUCCCUGAUAAGGAAAAUGUUGUAUAUUCUUGGAUGCUUCUCAUUUGCCUCAAUACUCAGGUUCGCUCUGGCAUCAACACUGAUUUUAUUUUAUUUUAUUUUAUUUGUCUGUUCUUUUGCUUUUCCUCCACAGAGGGUAAAACUUGACAGCCUGCUCUGCGUUUCAGACUUAAGUGUACAGAGAGAGAAAGAAUUUGCAUGCAAUUAUCCUUAGGAAGGGUGAACAUCAUUCACACCCCCCCCCCUCCUCCCCUCCUUAUUCUUGCACGCAGACUCACCACAAAUACAGCAAUAUAUAUAAACAGAAAAGCUACUAAUGACACAACACUCAGUAAAUCUACAGUAGUGCUCACAGCAAGAGAACAGAUAGAGAGAAUACUGUUUUGAAAAUCCUGAAUUUCCCAAAGUAUCUGCUUUAUCUAAUCUCUUCACACAGUCGACUAUUAAAAUGAAAAGGAAACUUGGAGCAGUGCUUCUCAGUUGACAAAUAUCAUGUGCACAGCUAGCGAGCAUUGUCUUAGAUCCAGGGCCGUGUUGUUGUGAUUUUGCUGUAUGGAGGUGGCAGGAGUGUGUGCAUGAAGCCGUGGAAAAAAAACGUCUCUGGCAGAAGGCACCGAGUGGGUGCCUCGGCUAUGCUGACCUGUAGACGGUCUGCUAUGCAAGGUGUGACUGCUGCUUUUCCAAACAGCGCUUUGUGGACUGCAGCAAAUUGGUUGGAAGGACUGGAAAGGAACACAGGGAAGAGAAAGUUAACUGCCAUGUUACUGUAGCUAUUAAUUACACUGCUGACUGAUUUUGAACAAUAAAAGGCAUCUGGGGCCACAUGCAUUUAA